AUGAAUCUAGAAAGAGCUAUAUACAGAUGUGAAACAACAGGAAAGAAAACACAGAUUUUCACACCCGAUACUAGAAGUAAAAUCCUGAAAAAUAAAAAAAUAUGA